AUCUAACCCAAUUUUCUUAAUUCAAAGUUGAAUAGCUGAUUUUUCUUUCAAGUUUUCUUUUUCUUUUCUUUUCUCUUUUUUUGGACAAAAUUAAUAUGUAAAUUAAUUAUAAAAAAAAGAAAAGCAAAUUACCUUUUAAACACAAUAGAAAUUACAAUUUUUAAAAAAAAAAUGAAUCAAAUAUUUAAUUUAUAUGAUCCAAAUUCUAAAUGUAAUCAUAAAUCAAUUUUCAAUCAAGUUAUUUAUAAUGAAAAUAAAAAUGGAAUAUUUUCAACAGAAUCUAUAAUGACUACUACUUUAAAUAAUUUAAGUAGUAGUACACAAAAUACUGUAUUAUUAAAAUCAUGUACAAUCAAAUCUAAUAUAAAAGAUUAUAAUAAUGAUGAAAAAGAUAUUUAUUUAAAUCAAUUUAAAAAUGAUUAUCCAUUAGCUAAUUCAUCUCCAAAUUCAUUUAUAAAUGCUCCUCAAUGUGCUGGAUGCAAACAAUUGGUAAUGGAUCGAACUAUUCUACAAGUUCUUAACCAGAGUUGGCAUGUAAAUUGUUUAAAAUGUAUGGAUUGUGGUACUUCUUUAUCAGACAAAUGUUUUGUACGAACAGAUGAAUUGUACUGCAAAGAAGACUUUUUUCGUCGCUUUGGAACAAAAUGUGCAGGUUGUGAUAAAGGUAUUCCACCAAUGGAAGUUGUUCGCACAGCUCAAGAAAAUGUAUAUCAUUUAGAUUGUUUUUCAUGUGUCAGCUGUGCUCGUAUGUUAAAUACAGGCGAUGAAUUCUAUCUAUUACGUGAUCGAAAACUAAUGUGCAAGUCAGAUUUUGAAACUGCUAAAGCUCGAGAAGCAGAAUUAGACAAUGCUAAUAAACGUCCAAGAACAACUAUUUCAGCCAAACAACUAGAAGCACUUAAAAGGGUUUAUGGUGAAAGUCCAAAACCUGUACGUCACAUCAGAGAACAGCUUAGUGAAGAGACUGGUUUAGAUAUGCGUGUAGUACAAGUAUGGUUUCAAAAUCGUAGGGCAAAAGAGAAAAGAUUAAAAAAAGAUGCUGGAAGAAAUAUCUGGUCAAUUUCUGAUUCUUUAUUAAUUAGUAGUACAAAUACAAGUACUAAUAGUAAUACCCCUGUUUCUAUGAAUGAAUCAUACUUAUAUUCAACAUGUUCAAAUGAUUUAGACAAAAGUUCUGCACCAUACUGUGGUGAUAAUUCAAUUAUAUUGGAUGAUUCAACUAGUGGAGAUGAAUAUCUAUCUAAGGAUGAAUUUCAAGGUUCUGUUUCAAGUGAUACAGACAGCAACUGUUCAGUUGAACCUGAAGAUUUGAAUCACUCUUUCAAUUUUUCUGUCGUAUGCGAUACUUCACAUUCGAAAUAUAUUACAGAUACAUCAACCACUGAAGAAUUACCACUAAACAAAGAGGAAUUUCUAACUCAUGACAAUAAAUCUGCACUUUUACAGGCAUCUUCAAAGUCUACCUUAUACAAGAACCCUUCAGUUCACAACUUAAUUUCAACAAACGCAGAACAAGUUCAUGAUGCGAAAUUUCAUGGUUCUACUCAUACAUGGUUAUCUACUCCACAGCCUCUUCAAAAUCAAGGCUAUUCAGUGGAUGAUCAGUCGUUUAAACCAGAUAAUAAUGAUAAUAUUAUCUUAAAACACAGUAUAGAAAAUAAUAUCAGUAUUUUAAGUGAUCCAGAUAAUAAGAAUCAUAACAUUCUACAUUUUGCUUCAAAUCCAUUUGUUUCAAAUUGCUUCAGCUUGAAUAAACAAGUUGUAUCCAACAGUCAAUUGUUAACAAAAGAAACAUAUUUACAGCCUGUUGACUUCCAUCCUUAUUGUCUAAAUGCUAGCAGUCUUUCACAAUAUGGCAUUCCUCAAUCGAGUUCAUCAUAAAGAAUCCUGCUUGAAAUUAACCCAAUAAUAAUGAUAUACCACUGUACAACAUGAUGUGAUUCAUACGAGCCUCUUGUAGUCACCAGAAUAUAUUAUGGGAAACAUUUUGCUUAUCAUUUACAAAACUAAUAACAGAUUAUGAACAAAAGAAAUACAAUGGUACUGAAAAUCGUUUUCAGUAGUAUUUAUCAAAAUAAAAAUUUCAAAUGAAACUCAUUAUUUGAAUUCAGAAUUUCUGGCAUAUUCGUGAUGUAAUUCGUUGAUCUUUGUCUUAUGAUCUGUGUUGACAUCUAUGCUGCUUGUCUCUAAACACAUUACACUUUGUUGAACAAUAUUAUUUGAUUUGUUUCAUUGUAUAAGUAUUGUUUUUAAUGAAAGUCUAUCAGUUAGUCCAUUAUGUACCUACCAAUUUAGAUGAUUAUUUAUUGUUUCUAUUCAUAAUAAUAAUAAUAAUAAUAAUAAUAAUAUCCUUUAUUUCGAAUUUCAAAACUAAAAAUUGCCUU